AUUUGAAAUUUAUUAAAGAUACCUUUGUAAUUAACCAUUAUAAGAGCUAAUGUAAGUGCGAUACAUAGGAAACUAAUUUCUCAAAUAAUAUUAUAGUGCUUGGAAAAAAUAAAAUCAAUAUCAAUAAAGUAAAAUAAUCAGAUUAUAUCUUGUUUAGAUCUGACAAAAAUAUAAUGCUCUAGCUACUUUGCUUAAACGGUGUCUCAAAUUUAAAACAAACAGCAUAUAAUAAAAUAAAAUAUUUUCAAAUCAAUAGCAAAGUCAAAUAGAGACGAAUAAAUAAUACUUUUAAUUGAGUUUCGAAUAUUUCAACCAAAAACAAAAUAUGAUUUGACAUGCGAACCAGUUAGAUCAUGUAAUUUUUUCUAAGCCAUUGGCGUUUUCCUUAGGGGUUUCAGAUUUAACAGCUAAAAACUCUAAAAACCCCUGGUUUACCAAUAUGACAAGAUUUGAUUACAUUGGUUACAGCCUUACUCUUAUUGUCGUAUUCGAAUUUUAAUUUUUUUAUAUAUAAGAUAUUACAAUAACAAAUAAUAAAAAAUACAGGUUUUCGUGCAUAAUCAGGAAGAGGUUGACGUGAAUUCUAUAUAUAAGUAAUCUUCACGUUAGGAAAACAUUAUUAUUAUCAUUUCUGACUUGAGAUACGACGGGCAUCUCACGCGACAACUCAAGAUCAGAAAAUAAUUUUCGUCUGGAGAAGGAAUCCCGGGCCCCGGCAACACUAAUUCACCUUGCUAUAGUUUCUGUACGUACGUGUGGAUAGUUUGAGUGCCGAUAUUCAGAGUGUUGCACAGACUCAAUAUAUGUAUUUGGUUAAACGUGGUGCCGCAAAAAAAAAACAGAAAUACAGAUGGAAAGCUUGGGAGUUCCUUGUCAAGAAAUUCAAAUAAAAAUUGAAUACCCCAUAUUGAGAAGGAAAAAGAGAUAUGCUAACCUCGUUGACGCCGAGCCCAUUGCCCUGAUGUCUAUUUUGAGUAGCUUCCAUGCUGGAUAUUUCAGAAUAAGCCUAUCUCUUUGUAGCCAAGCUUUGUUGUGGAAGAUAAUGGUUCAUUUACAUAACCAUCUCCCAUCUAUGGCAUUUUAUCUCAUGUGGUAUAUAGCUCUUGCAAUACAAGUGUCACUCUGUUUUCUUUACGCUUUCAAGUGUAUUUUCUACUUUGACCUGGUGAAGGAGGAGUUCUCGCAUUAUAUUGGAGUGAACUAUCUUUACGCUCCAUUCAUUUCAUGCCUUCUCUUGCUUCAGUCAGCUCCUCUGAUGGAACCACACAGCGUUUUGUACAAGACACUAUUCUGGGUGUUUGUUCUUCCGGUCUUGACCCUCGACACAAAGCUUUAUGGCCAGUGGUUCACAACAGAAAAAAGGUUUUUGUCGAUAAUGGCGAACCCCGCAAGCCAAGUUUCAGUAAUAGCAAACCUAGUGGCUGCACGAGGAGCAGCAGAGAUGGGUUGGAAGGAGUGUGCUCUAUGCUUGUUCUCGCUCGGGAUGGUUCAUUAUUUGGUUAUCUUUGUCACACUUUAUCAACGCUUACCAGGAGGAAACAACUUCCCAACCACGCUGAGGCCAGUUUUCUUCUUGUUCUUUGCUGCACCAGCCACUGGAAGUCUAGCUUGGAACUCUAUUUGUGGAACCUUUGAUACUGUAGCGAAGAUGUUGUUCUUCCUUUCGCUCUUCAUAUUCGUGUCUCUGGUCUGUAGGCCAACUCUUUUGAAAAAGUCAAUAAAAAGAUUCAAUGUCGCAUGGUGGGCUUACUCGUUCCCCAUCACCUUUCUUGCUUUAGACUCGGUUCAUUAUGCGCAAGAGGUGAAAGACCACGUCGCUUCUGCCUUGAUGUUUAUCUUCUCCUCCACCUCAGUUUUGAUCUUCCUCGGGGUGAUGUUAUUGACAGCAGCAAACAGCAAAAGAUUACUCAGACGUGAUCCGGUCCUCUGGUCUGCUACUGGUCCAAAAAACAGAUAAAAGAUGUCGACUAUACUGAAUUUGUGUUUGAUAUAAGAAUAUAAAUAUAUAUAGUGAUGAUAUUAAUAUAAUGUUAAUAUCACAUAUUGUAAAAUUUUCUUAAUAUUAAUAUUAUUCUUCAAAUC